CAGGGGCCAGCGGCUGCGGCCCCCUCGCCCGCUCGCGCUCCGCGGCGCUCCCGCCCCGCCCGCAGCCUCUCCUCUCGCCGUCUUCCCCUCUCUCCCCGUCUCGCGCUCCCUCUCUCGCUCGCUCUCAUUUUUUUCCUUGCUGCUGCCGCUGUUGCCGCUGCCGCGGCGCCGCUAGGCGCCCGCACCCCGGCGGGCAGCGCUCACUGGUCGGCUCCCGCUCCGCUGCCUUCCCAGCCCGGAGCCCGCUGCCGGACCCAGUUCCCCGGAGCCUCCUGGCUCCUUCUCGCUCCGGCUCGGGCGCCGGGCUCCGCGGCAGCAGGAACAGGGCUUGCCGCCGCUCGCCAGCUCGCUCUCGCCGGAGCAGCCGCCGAACGCCGCGGGCUUGGCGUUCUCGCCAGCUCAUCCCUGCUGCGUCCGGGACUCCGGGCGGCUCCGCGCCCUGCUCGGUCCGCAGCGUCAGCGCCGCCCGCCGCGGCCCGGGCUCUGGGCACCGCGAGCACCGAGCCUCCGGCCGCCGCCUCCCUGCGCCCCCGGGGCAGGCGGGCGCGCAGCCGACCCCUCGCCGCGGCUUAAACCUCGCCGGCGCGCGGUUGGUAGGAGGAGAGGAGCCGAGCUGUUUCCUCCUUGAUGCCAAGAUACGCCAAGCUGGGAGCACCCUUCCCUCCCCGCAGUCAGCUGCCAAGCACAGGCCCGCAGCACUCGGGGGCCGGGACCCGCGUUUGCCCGCAACCCCGGCCGCUCGCUGCCGUCUGUGGGCCGGGACCCUGUGGGCUUCUCAACGAGGAGGCAGUGGGCGAGAGCCUCAGCAUGGGUCAGCCCUCCGGCCGCUGAAGCGGCCCUGCCCAUGCGUCCCCAGGCUGCCGCCGCCGCAGUGUGGCCAGGCACCUGCCUGGGCUAGGAGUGGGGCCCGCUGUGCAUGGGUCUCUAGGGAGUCCAAGAUGCCUGGGAAGAGAGGCGGGAGCCGGUGGUGGGCACGGCUGCCCCUCUGCCUGCUCCUCAGCCUGUCCGGCCCCUGGCUGCCCUCCUCCCUGGGGAAGCCCAAGGGCCACCCACACAUGAACUCGAUCCGCAUAGAUGGGGACAUCACGCUGGGCGGCCUGUUCCCUGUGCACGGCCGGGGCUCCGAGGGCAAGGCCUGCGGAGAACUGAAGAAGGAGAAGGGCAUCCACCGGCUGGAGGCCAUGCUGUUCGCCCUGGACCGCAUCAACAACGACCCGGACCUGCUGCCCAACAUCACGCUGGGCGCCCGCAUUCUGGACACCUGCUCCAGGGACACCCACGCCCUGGAGCAGUCGCUGACCUUUGUGCAGGCGCUCAUCGAAAAGGACGGCACGGAGGUCCGCUGCGGCAGUGGCGGCCCGCCCAUCAUCACCAAGCCCGAGCGCGUGGUGGGGGUCAUCGGUGCUUCGGGGAGCUCCGUCUCCAUCAUGGUGGCCAACAUCCUUCGCCUGUUCAAGAUCCCCCAGAUCAGCUACGCCUCCACAGCCCCCGACCUGAGCGACAACAGCCGCUACGACUUCUUCUCCCGCGUGGUGCCCUCGGACACGUACCAGGCCCAGGCCAUGGUGGACAUCGUCCGCGCCCUCAAGUGGAACUACGUGUCCACGCUGGCCUCUGAGGGCAGCUAUGGCGAGAGCGGCGUGGAAGCCUUCAUCCAGAAGUCCCGCGAGGACGGGGGCGUGUGCAUCGCCCAGUCGGUGAAGAUCCCGCGGGAGCCCAAGACUGGCGAGUUCGACAAGAUCAUCCGGCGCCUCCUGGAGACCUCGAACGCCAGGGGCGUCAUCAUCUUUGCCAACGAGGACGACAUCAGGCGUGUGCUGGAGGCAGCCCGAAGGGCCAACCAGACGGGCCAUUUCUUCUGGAUGGGCUCCGACAGCUGGGGCUCCAAGAGCGCCCCCGUGCUGCACCUGGAGGAGGUGGCCGAGGGCGCCGUCACCAUCCUCCCUAAGAGAAUGUCUGUGCGAGGCUUCGACCGCUACUUCUCCAGCCGCACGCUGGACAACAACCGGCGCAACAUCUGGUUCGCCGAGUUCUGGGAGGACAACUUCCACUGCAAGCUGAGCCGCCACGCGCUCAAGAAAGGCAGCCACCUCAAGAAGUGCACCAACCGAGAGCGCAUCGGGCAGGACUCGGCGUACGAGCAGGAGGGCAAGGUGCAGUUUGUGAUCGAUGCCGUGUACGCCAUGGGCCACGCGCUGCACGCCAUGCACCGUGACCUGUGUCCCGGCCGCGUGGGGCUCUGCCCGCGCAUGGACCCUGUGGACGGCACCCAGCUGCUUAAGUACAUCCGAAACGUCAACUUCUCAGGCAUCGCAGGAAACCCCGUGACCUUCAACGAGAACGGCGAUGCUCCCGGGCGCUACGACAUCUACCAGUACCAGCUGCGCAAUGGCUCGGCCGAGUACAAGGUCAUCGGCUCCUGGACUGACCACCUGCACCUCAGAAUAGAGCGGAUGCACUGGCCGGGGAGCGGGCAGCAGCUGCCCCGCUCCAUCUGCAGCCUGCCCUGCCAGCCGGGCGAGCGGAAGAAGACGGUGAAGGGCAUGCCGUGCUGCUGGCACUGCGAGCCCUGCACGGGCUACCAGUACCAGGUGGACCGCUACACCUGUAAGACGUGCCCCUACGACAUGCGGCCCACCGAGAACCGCACGGGCUGCCGGCCCAUCCCCAUCAUCAAACUCGAGUGGGACUCGCCCUGGGCCGUGCUGCCCCUCUUCCUGGCCGUGGUGGGCAUCGCCGCCACGCUGUUCGUGGUGGUCACCUUCGUGCGCUACAACGACACGCCCAUCGUCAAGGCCUCGGGCCGCGAGCUGAGCUACGUGCUGCUGGCGGGCAUCUUCCUGUGCUACGCCACCACCUUCCUCAUGAUCGCCGAGCCGGACCUGGGGACCUGCUCGCUGCGCCGCAUCUUCCUGGGGCUGGGCAUGAGCAUCAGCUACGCAGCCCUGCUCACCAAGACCAACCGCAUCUACCGCAUCUUCGAGCAGGGCAAGCGGUCGGUGAGCGCCCCGCGCUUCAUCAGCCCCGCCUCGCAGCUGGCCAUCACCUUCAGCCUCAUCUCCCUGCAGCUGCUGGGCAUCUGCGUGUGGUUCGUGGUGGACCCCUCGCAUUCGGUGGUGGACUUCCAGGACCAGCGGACGCUCGACCCCCGCUUCGCCCGGGGCGUGCUCAAGUGCGACAUCUCCGACCUGUCGCUCAUCUGCCUGCUGGGCUACAGCAUGCUGCUCAUGGUCACGUGCACCGUGUACGCCAUCAAGACGCGGGGUGUGCCCGAGACCUUCAACGAGGCCAAGCCCAUCGGCUUCACCAUGUACACCACCUGCAUCGUCUGGCUCGCCUUCAUCCCCAUCUUCUUCGGCACCUCGCAGUCGGCCGACAAGCUGUACAUCCAGACCACGACGCUGACGGUCUCGGUGAGCCUGAGCGCCUCGGUGUCCCUGGGAAUGCUCUACAUGCCCAAGGUCUACAUCAUCCUCUUCCACCCGGAGCAGAACGUGCCCAAGCGCAAGCGCAGCCUCAAAGCCGUUGUCACCGCUGCCACCAUGUCCAACAAGUUCACGCAGAAGGGCGGCUUCCGGCCCAACGGCGAGGCCAAGUCGGAGCUCUGUGAGAACCUGGAGGCCCCGGCGCUGGCCACCAAACAGACCUACGUCACCUACAGCAACCAUGCAAUCUAGCCGGGCCGCCGGAGCCAAGCAGCAGGAGCGACCUCGGCCUCUGUGGACAGUGCGCCGGGCCAGGGCCGCUCCCGAGGGCCCAGCUGAUGUCCCGCCUGCCCGUGGGUGCCCACGGACGUGGCUUGGUGCUGAGGACAGCCGAGCCCCCCCGGCCGCCACUGCUGGGCAGCCUGGGCAAGCCGAGUGGGCGACAGGACGAGGACGAGGGGCCGGGGCAGCUCGGGCCGCUGCAAGGACCUGCGUCUUGGACCGCUGCCCCUCCUGGCUCGGGCUGUGGCGCCCCAGCAGUGCUGGCUCUCUCUGCCUCUGUCCCCAUCGGCCCUGUUGGUCACCUUCUCAGUCGGGCUCCAUCCCUGUCUUACCUCUUUGUGUGCUUUUUUUUUUUUUAAUCUUCGUCUCCACCUGUCUGGGUUCUCGUGUUUCUAUGUCCCGCCUCUUUCUGCUCUUGCCUCAGCCUCCUUGCUCCAUGCACCCUCCCGCCCCUCCUGCCGCUCUCUUGGGAUCCACCCCGUGUUCCUUAUCUCAUGCAUUUUUCUUUCCCAUCCUCUGUGACUUCAUUUUUGUCCAGCCUUGGCUCCUGUCUUCCCGCCGCACCCUGCCUGGUUCACCAAAUCUUACUUGUUGCAAAAGCAAAAAAAAAAAAAAAAAAGAAAAAAAGAAAAAAAAAUCAAAACACAAAAAAGCCAAAACAAAAACAAAUCUUGAGUGUGUUGCAAAGUGCCGCGUCCUCCGGUGGCCUCUGUGUGUGUCCCUGUGGCCCGCAGCCUGCCCGCCCGCCCGCCUGCCCGCCUGCCCCUCCUGCCGCCGACACGGAGUUCAGUGCCUGGGUGUUUGGUGAUGGUUCCUGAUGACAAUGUGUAGAGCAUGAUUGUUUUUAUACCGAGAACAUUUCUAAUAAAAAUAAACUCAUGGUUUUGCACCCGGGCUCCACAUCCACUGGGGGUCCAGCCUGCAGCCAGAGGGUGAU